GGGCGUUGACUACUAGGUUCAGCCGGGCGCCACUUCGUAUAUAAAACUCCUUAAAUUGAGAUGUAUUCUUCGUGUUCCUUGCCCUCAACAUUUCCGACAUAAUCCUCCUCGUGGAUCGCCUCAGCACCACCACGAACAUGCAACCCCCAAUCCCUAAGGUAGAAGACUAUGGUAUGAGCGCUACUACCGGCUUCCUACCUCCCAAGCCGCCCCUGGCUCAUCUCUACGACCCUUACUACGCCCCAUGGGAAUCUAUCAUCGCUAACCUCCCUCACCAAAUCUCCUCGAAGAAUAUCCGCUCCUCCAUCCAUACCCUACUUAUCCUAUCUACCACCAACCUAACCACUAAAGCUGAAUACCAGCGCGCCUUCACCCUCCUCACCUUCCUCGCCCACGCUUACAUCUGGGGCGAGCGUCCCCCCGCCGAACGGCUUCCCGCCGGGCUCUCCAUCCCGCUCCUGGAGGUGAGCGAGAAGCUUGACAUCCCACCAACCAUCACAUACGCGGCACUAUGCCUCUGGAACUUCCGGACCCAGCAAGGCGCAACGCUAGAUGAUCCAGCCAACUUGCAAGCACUGCACACCUUCACAGCAACCGAAGACGAGAGCUGGUUCUACAUGAUCUCAGUCGCUAUCGAAGCCCGCGGCGCGCCGAUCAUUCCCAGCUUACUCGCCGCAAUCGACGCGACGAGGAAGGGCGAUGUGCCGGCCUUGACCACCCACCUGGAAAGGGUAGCGGAGGUUCUGGGGCAGCUGGCACCGCUGCUGCGACGUAUGCACGAGCGGCUCAGUCCCCAGAUCUUCUACCACGAUAUCCGCCCCUUCCUUGCCGGCAGCCGGAGCCUUCCCAGCGGCCUGGUCUACGGCGUCGGCCCUGCCACGGAGGAAGAGGGGAGAGUGGGGCGGUACGGGGGUGGGAGCGCGGCGCAGAGUUCGCUGUUCCAGCUGUGCGAUGUUGUGCUGGGGGUUCAGCAUGGCGACGCGGCUGCGGUUGUUGUGAAAGAGAUGAGGGAGCUCAUGCCUGGUGCGCAUCGCAGGUUUUUAGAGGAUGUUGGGGCUGUAGCGGGUGUUAGGGAGUUUGUUGAGGGGAAUGAAAGGGAGGCUGGGUUAGCUGCGGCGUAUCGGGCGUGUCUGGAGGCGCUAAAGGUGUUUAGGAAUGGGCAUAUUAAUGUUGUUACGAGGUAUGUUGUCCUGCCGGCUAAGAAGGAGGUGAAAGAAGGGGGGGAGGGGGAGGCGAAGGGGACAGGUGGGGCGCCGGUGAUUGGGUUUUUGAAGCAGAUGAGGGAUGAGACGGUGGGAUAGGUGUGAAAAGGACGGUGGGGCACCGGCGAUUAGGUUCUUGAAGCAGACGAAGGACGAUACAACGGGGCAGAAUUUGAAAAGGGCCGGGGCCUCUGGUUCCGAGAGGGUGCUACGAGAGUGGUUCUCGCGGCGCAGUUUCUUUGGGGAACGUCGGCUGACGCAUGGUGCGGACUACCGACGUCGCUUCAAGGAGUACUUAUCCACUGGGUGUAACCGGGGACCCAGAGUCAUGGUC